AGUGUUGGGGGUGAGAGAGAGAGAGAGAGACAGAGAGAGAGAGAGGUGUCAGCUGGUCGGAAAGUGCAGGGUGAGACCAGUGCGUGUGUUUGGACGUGUCCAAGUGUGAGUGCGCGUCUAUGUGUGUGUGUGCGUGCGCGCGCGCGCGUGAGUGUAUGUGCGCGAGGAAAGCACUUCGGGGUGGGGGUGGGGGGACAAGGUGAAGACAACAGAGCCGCGGACCGGACGGACGGAGUGAGUGAGUGAGUUGAGCAGUUUGCGUGGACUGUUCAGUCCAGUCGAAGUGCACCGGGUCCCGCUCCUGUCCCGCUCCCAGUCCCGGGAUACGGUUCCUCCUCAGCAGCGUCCUGUUCUCUCAUUACCGAAACACUGACCUUAUUGGGACCCCGAGUCCUCAUGGAGACCUAAAACCUGGUUGUAGUGAGGCGAACACUUCAUGAUGCUGAUUUGAAGUGUGGUUCGGUUGAGAUUGGGGUUAAAUGGUGCUGCUGGUGAGACCUGUCAAUCCCCCACAGAGGGAACACUGAAGGAACACCAUGGCCUUAGCGGGAUGUCCUGACUACUUCUUACGGCAUCCAAACUACCAGGAAAGCAUGGAUCGCACUUCCUCUCGCCGGCCUGACGAGCUGAUUGUUCCAGGCUUUCAGCAUUCAGCCAAUCAAAAUCUGCCACAUCACCAUGAUGAUGAUGUGGACCUGGAGCAGCUGGUGAACGACAUGAACUCCUCCAUGGAGAGUGUGUACUCCACACAGGCAGACACGGCACUGCUCCUGAACAAUGGCCACAUGCGCACUCCACACUACCACCACCACCAACAACAACAACAACACCACCAUGUGCAUGCCGCCUAUCCAGGACAUGGCCAGCAGGCCCACCGUCGUCAAACCACGCCCCUGCACCCGUCUUCCCCCUCCAGGGAGAAGCUGCGACACUCUCAGCCCAUGCACAUCCAGGCUGUCAGGUGCCUGCAGGAAGAGCAGCAGCAGCUGCGUCCAGCCUCACUGCCAGCCAUCCCCAACCCUUUCCCGGAGCUCUGCAGCCCAGCAGGCUCUCCUGUCCUUAGCCCCAUACAGACCACUGACAACCAUAUAGUGAAGGUGUGGAGCGAGGAUGGGGCUGGCAAAGUGGUGGAGAUCCCAGCAGAUAUGACGGCCCGAGACGUGUGUCAGCUCCUGGUCUACAAGAGCCACUGUGUGGACGACAACGCCUGGACGCUGGUGGAGCACCACCCCAUUCUCGGCCUAGAAAGGUAUCUGGAGGACCACGAGCUGGUGGUUCAGGUUCAAGCCUCCAUGAGCAGCGACAGUAAAUUCCUCUUCAGGAAGAACUAUGCCAAAUAUGAAUUCUUCAGGAACCCCCUGAAUUUUUUCCCAGAGCAGAUGGUGGCUUGGUGUCAGGAGUCCGAUGGCUCAAUCCCACAGUCGCAGCUCUUACAGAACUUUCUGAACUCCAGCAGCUGCCCAGAGAUCCAGGGUUAUCUACACAUGAAAGAGCCCGGACGCAAGUCGUGGAAGAAACUCUACAUGUUCCUGCGACGCUCUGGGCUUUACUAUUCUACAAAAGGAACAUCCAAGGAGCCACGACACCUGCAGCUGCUCUCAGAUCUGGAAGACAGCAAUAUCUUCACCAUCAUCACAGGCAGAAAACUUCACAAUGCCCCCACAGACUACCAGUUCUGCAUCAAGCCCAGCAAAGGGAGGUGCGACUGCAAGGAGCUGAAGAUGCUGUGUGCCGAGGACGAACAGAGCAGGACCUGCUGGAUGACGGCCUUCAGACUGCUCAAAUAUGGCAUAGUACUGUAUCAGAGCUACAGCAUCCCCCAGCAGAGGAAGUCUAACCUCCUGCCUUUCUCGGCACCUGUGCGAAGUGUAUCUGAGAACUCCUUAGUUGCCAUGGACUUCUCUGGACGGACCGGUCGUGUCAUCGACAACCCCCUGGAGGCCCAGAGCGCCGCCCUGGAGGAGGGACAGACCUGGAGGAAACGGAGUCAGCGUAUGAAUGUCCUGGGCAGCUCCAGCCCCCUGCAUCCUUCCUCCCUGAGCACAGUGAUCCACAGGACACAGGUAUGGUUUCAUGGUCGCAUCAUGAGAGACGAAGCCCACAAAAUGAUCAUACAACAAGGCCAAGUGGACGGGUUGUUCCUGUUGCGGGACAGUCAGAGUAAUCCCAAAGCAUUCGUGCUCACCUUGUGCCACCACCAGAAGAUCAAGCACUUCCAGAUCCUACCGUACGAGGAGGACGGUCAGGUGUUCUUCAGCCUUGACGACGGCACCACCAAGUUCACCGAUCUGAUCCACCUGGUGGAGUUCUACCAGCUCAACAGAGGAGUGCUGCCCUGCAAGCUCAAACAUCCCUGCACCAACGUGGCCUUGUGACACUCCAGCCCCCCCCACCGCCCUACACACACCUCCACCUUUUUUGCACACCUUCCUCCCUGAGACCCUGUCACAGUCCCCUCCCCUCCCACCCUUCCCUCACCAACACAAAAGAGGUCGAGGAGAAAGAGAAAAAGUUGAGUCAAGUUUUUUGGGAACGUCUCAACAGGAGCCGCCAGUUCAGGUCUGAUGCCCCAGUGUGCUUAGCUUUUCUCCACCUUGUGGCUGUUUGGAUGUUUGAUUGGGAACGGCUUGGACCAGAGACUCGAACUUUAACCCUUGAACGAGACCAUUCAGUGUGCAAACUCAAGACCUCUCAGAUGGAUCCUUCCUUUGAACCUUCCAGCCCCCCUCAAUGUCCCCCCCACCCACACACCCCCUCCAGGCCUGAUAAGCUGUGGUGCCUACCCCACCCUUGCCCCCCUCACUGCCGAGGUGGGUAGGAAGCGCCACCCUCUGACUUCCUCAUCAAUCAUCAGGGAUGGACAGGAACCUCUCUGGGUCUUAUCAAACUUGAUCCAAGAGUUUCCUCAACCUGUGCAGUCCAGUCUGGAUAAGCUGACCCCCCCCCCCACUCUCACACCUCCAUCCCCGCUCCUUGCCUAAGAACACAGACAAGCUUGACUUAGCAUAUCUGCUGUGUCCUACCCAAUUGCAAUCUUACAAACGCUGGUGCGACAACCCCCGAACCCCCGAUCCUCCGAUCCUCCGAUCCCCACCUCCACACAAGCUCAGACAAAAGUUGUAGGAGAAGAGAGAAGUAGCUAAAGGCAAGAGAAGCAGAGCAGUGGCGAGGGUUUGCUGAAAGGGCAGAGGAAUGUUUAUCAGGGAGGCCGUAACGAGCCUCUCACGUAGAGUUGAUUACUUGAUGUAAUUUUAAUGCUGUUUGAUUACUGUUGAUUCAAUGCAGAACUAGUUUUGCACUCCCGGGCGGAGCAGGCGGCGACAGCUGUUCUCUCGAGCUGAAGGAAGCUGGCUGCUCUCCGCUCGUCGUCCUCCACUUCCUCCUUCUUCGUCCCCUGCCCUUCUGAAUAGCUUGCAUGUGAAUCUCCGCCAGCUGUGAUUGGAUUACAGCGGCGUGGGAGCAAGAGAGAGAGAGAGAGAGAGAGAGGGAGAAUCAUGGCUGAUUAUGCAGUGCCUUUCAGGAAGGUUUGGGAACAUGUUGGACCUGCGUGUGGCUCAUGUGAACAUGACCGCACCGUGGCAAACGGAAAAAAAAGAAAAAGAAGAGAAUGUGCUCUUGACCCGGCUGCACCAUUAAAGACUGUUAGGAGGAGGAAGAGGAGGAUACGUGUGUCUACCCUCCAGCUUCCACCAUUUUUUUUAAAUCUUAGGGUUGAAUCUAUCGUUGAAUUUGUCUUUGAAUGUCAAUUUUUUUUCUUUUCCUUAGUCUGUUCUGAGCUCAGUGCUUGCACAUUUUAAUCAUCCUGAUUUGAUAUUGAUAGGUUGGAGCUCUCAUGUUCGGAUUCUGACCACUGUUUUUCCUCACUCCAGAAAAGACAAAUCAUCAAAAGCACUCCCAUGACGUUUCGUUUCUUUUCGUUUCUUUUCUUUUCUUAUCUUUUCUUUUGUGUGUGUGUGCGCGCCUGUGUGUGUGUGUGUGUUUAAAUAUGGAAUUGAACAAAUGACUUGAAAUGUGAAACUUACCUGAUUGUGUGUCAAUGAGCUUCGCUUGCCUUAAGUGAACCUUGUGUGCUUUGUGUAUGAAAUAGAAGCUGUGUUUUAAAAACAAAUGCACAUAGAGUAACACACGUGAGAUGACGCGUAAGACCCGUGUCAUUGAGAUACUCGUUAUUGCUUUCUCGCCAAGAGUCGGAUGAGGACGAGUCUGCAUGUCAUAUCAUCAUAAAAAGUCAGCAGCUAAAAGACUGGAAACCUGGUAAAAGUACAAAAAAAUAAGCUGCUGAAACAAGAGAGUAGUGUUGUUCUGAUCAUCUAACCCAACAAGAAAGUUAAUUUCCUAAAAUUCGCCCAAACUAUUGAAGAGUAAAAAAGUCCAGAUAUGAUAGUGUGGAAGCGUCGUAGGUUCACGUGGGGUUGUGGCGUCACUUGUUUUCUUAAAUCUGUUCAUUUACAACAAUCAUGCAGAGAGAAAUCAGUGAUGGCAGUGGCAGAGAAAGACGAGAGUGCAUCACAGACACUGAAAACCAGCGUGUGGAUGUGAGAUGUGAUUUGUUUUCUCUUUCUAUAAUCAGAUUUAUCAAAAGAAAUGAAUAAGCAUUCUGGGAGAUGUAGUGGGGGGAGGAAGGAACAAAAGCAGGUUCUAGAAAAAGUUGAUCAACUCUUAAAAAAAACACCAUCCAUUUUAAAGGCAGUGUGGUGUGGAGAAGCUUGAGUUUGGUGCCCUCACCUGGUCGUGAAAAGCACAGCGCACAGUCACAGGAGAGUGAAGUGAGGUGACAGCAGUAUAACACUCACUCACACACACACACACACACACACACACAGCGGCUUCUUUCUUUAAAGGUCCAGCGUGUAAAAAUAAGUUAACUGCACAUUGUCGCCCCUUUUCCCAAAGCGUGUCAGGGGAACUUCACUGACCUUCAUGUAUCAUGAAGGUGGCUCCUCCCUCUCUAGGGGUGACCACAGCUAAUCUGCAUAUUUGAUUUGGCCGAGAUUUUUAAGAUGAAUGAUGCAACCCUACCAUUUUAUCCAGGCGUGGAACUGGCACAAGGAGUUACCCUUUAAUUUAGAGAGUCCAAUUAACAAUGAGCAAUGGGGAUUGGGUCCCUUUCUUUGAGGUUCUCACAGAUGAAUUAGUCCUCUGCAUCCUCUACUAGAAACCUUCCCAGAACUCCCCACCUUUUUUGACCUGGUGGGAAUUCAAUCUGGCAACCCUUCCAGUUACAAGCCAAGUUCCCUUUCCACUUGGCCAUGGGAUGCACACUCUGGCUGGUUUGCCAGUUUGGGUUGAUGUUUCUACAACCCGCACAGCAAGGCCCUUGUCCAAAGAAGCUUUUUUCUAGGGCAACGAAAAAGAACAAACAGAAAGUGAUUGAACACAAACAUAAUAAUUGGGGGGAAAUAUUAAAUGUUACACGCUGGAACGCUUUUUAUCUUUCUUCUUUGCUGCCGUGUGACAGGCCACUAAAGCUGCAACCAUGUGACAUAACACCUACUUAGUUUUGUCCUCCUCCUGCUGCUGCUGCUGCUGCUGCUGCUGCUGCUUCUGCUGCUGCUUCUGCUGCUGCCUUCACCUGCAGCUGCCCUCCCUCCUCCAUCCUGUGCCACAUUCACAGUGAAUGACAGCGAGGCUGUCACACUCCCUGCUGCCGGGCGGACUGAACUCUCUGAGAACUGUCAGCGACAUGCACGCACACAAACACACACGGGGCCACUGCCACACACACACGCAUGCACGCACACAUACACAGGGCCACUGCCACACACACACACACACACAAUGCUCCACCAAUGGCACGACUCGGCCGUGUCACCAGCUCUGUGUUUCCACCAAUCAGGUCUUUUCUAGUCAGCCAGGACAGACUCUCACCAGGGACUGGAUAAUGCUUGAACCCCCCCGAACCCUAACCCACCUGUGUCCAGCCUGUAAGCUAUGACCCUAUGGUGAAUGUGUGUGUGUGUGUGUGUGUGUGUGUGUGUACUUGUAUGUAUAUCUUUGUGAGAACCAAAACAACACAACUUUAAAAUGGCUGUUUAUGGUUUAAGUCUUGGUUUUUGGAUUAAAAAUGAGGUGUUUAGUUGUGAGGGUUAAGGUAAUGUAUUAUAUCCAUGUUCUCACUGAGGUAGCUGUACAAGUGUGUGUGUGUGUGUGGCCAGACUGUUAUAUUCACUCUUCAGGAUUGCCAAGUCUGCUGGUUCUUAUCAUACUCGCCUUUUCAGAGACAGUUAAACAGUUCUUAGUUCUUAUCAGUGAGGUUUAAGUCGAGCUACGUCGUUGAAUUUGGAGCAGACGAGAGUUUUGGCUCGAGGUAUCCCAGCAUUCCCUGUUCCUCGACUGAGGACUCUUUUCCUGUCUGUCUGUCAGUGCGGGAGAGUCAGCAGGGGACAAAUCACAGUUUGUUUGUUUUUUUAAAUCACUGUGCUACAACCCCAACUCUAUGUGUAAAAAUGUGAGUCAAAAAACAGAAUUGCAAUGACUUAUAAACCAACAUUUUAACAUUUCAUGACAAACAUUAGCUCAGUUUGAAUUUGAUGGCAACAAUACAUCUACAAAAAAAAAAAAAAGUUGGUUUACCAUUGAGUAGAAUCCCCGUCUUCUUUGAACAGUUCAAUCUGGGAAGUGAGGAGAAUCAGUUUCUGGAGGAAUUUUCAGUUCGAUUCUCGCUCCUCAACAUUCCUUGGGAUUUUUUUGUAUUGUGAUGCACAAAACGUCUUCUACUGGUGAAAGUCUGGACUGUCAAAGCCUGUGGUAUACUUCCGGACCCUGGUAUGCUCGCAGGGUCCUGUAGUUUCCCACUUCACCAUCAGGAGGCGGUACAAGUCUGGAUGCAGGGAAUAGGACACAUUCCUACCAAAGAAGAAGAGAACAACGCUACAGCAAGCGGCUCACAGCUGAUAGGCCCGUCACACAGGGGUGUCGCUGAGGUCGAGGCUUGGAUGACAAUCCUUGGCGACUACUUCUUCUGUUGUCAAAAUGUUUUUUUCUGCUUUCUGGGGCUUAAUACUCCACCUACUGGUGGGGUUGAAAUUCAGUUUGCACACACGCUGUCCACGCGCAAACAGCACGUUGGGUUCCAUCAACACAACAUUGCGCGUUGGGUCAGCACGAGCUGUACAUGGAAGUAUACCAGCGUCCUCAGACAGCACAGCCUCUGCUACCGUGAAGCCAAGUUUCAGAAUUGUUUGAUUAGUGCCUUUCCAGAUAGAUGUGUGAGCUGCCCAUGCCAUCGGCACUAAUGCAACUCCAUACCAUCAGAGACGCAGGCUUUUUUGAGCUGUCCUUCUCCUUCUUUAGUGCCCAUUUGAGCGCCUUAAACAUCAUGAGCAUCCCAUGUUGACCUUUGGCCUUGUCCCUCGUACACAGAUAUUUUUCCAGAUUCUCUAGAUAUUAUGUUCCGUCGACACAACUUUACAUUGAGGAACAUGUACCACUUACUUUUCUGGGUUUUUUUUUUGGUCCCGUCUCAACUUUUUUGAGGUGUGUUGCUGCCAUCAAAAUUCAAAUGUAUCAUGGAAUGUCUCAGUUUGAACAUCUGAUAUGUUGUUGUCUUUUGUUCUGUUGUGACUAGACAUUUACAAAUCAUUGCGUUCUGUUUUUUAAUUUGUAUUUUUACACAGUUUUCUUUUGGAACUGGGUUUGUGCGAUGCAAUCCUACACACGAGCAUAACGACUUAAGCAGUGUACAGUAUAUCAUUUUUCUUUUUUCUUAAGUAUGUGAAGCUAUGGAGAAGACGUAGAUCUAACACUGUACCUAGGUCACAGAUCACUAUGUAUGGGGCGUUAUGCUUUUGCUCAUAACUCCAUGUAAAAUGAAGAAUGAUUUAUUUUGUCCAAUUUUUUUUCUUCCCAUUAUUUGUGUGUAUAUUGUCAGUAAUGUUUAUUUUCUUUGGUUUGACACAAAAAUACCUUAAAUAUAAAUAUAUAUAUAAAUACUACACCACAUUAUUAUACAGUAUUAAAUUAAGCUGUUUUUUAUUUUUAUUUUUUAGAGAUCAAACUGGAUUUUUACGUGUCAAAUUUCUGAACAUAAGCUGACAGACUCGUCUGUUUUUUGUCAUUUACUUUAACGUAACACCACAGUAAAUGUUUGGAUGUUAGAUAAUCCUGAACACACACACACACACACAGCGGUGGGGAUUUAUUGAGAGCACACACACUAAGACUUAACCUUUAGAGAUGUUCUUUGUACACCUUUAAUCACAAUUAGUGCAAUUAUACGCUGUAGCUCAAGAGGGUUGUGCAUUUCUCCAUUUACUCUUUUUUUAAGGUGCAACGUUUAUUUUAUUUUAUUUUUUUUAAUUCUUCUAUCUCAUCAUAGCCUAUUCUUGCAGCAGGUGCCUCUUGUUUUUGUGAAUAGUAACAGGCCCUUAGUUGCCGUCAUUUACAGCCAGCUGAAUGUGAAAAAACAUGAUCCUACUGGAAAUAAAUCUAAAAUCUUAUGUCAGGUCAGCAUCACACACACACACACACACGCACACACACAUUGAAGUCUCAUCAACAUGGACGACUCUGUGUUGGUUGCGCUUUUUUUCGGGUUGAAGUCAUCAUAAGCUGGAGCCAAUAAAUAUUUCAGGGAAGGAAAAUAAAGAGCAAAUUGACAGUAAUUUUUAUUUUUUUUUAAGUAUUUUUCAGAUCCCCCACUGUGCUUUGCUUCAUUCUGUCUGUAACGGCUCCUGGAUCUACAUUGUAUCCUGUUCAGGUAUUUUUUGUACAAAUAAGGGACUGAUAUAUUCUGUGUUUAUUGGAAAUUAGAAUAAAAGACAACAUUGCUAUAAACCAAA